AUGGAAAAUCAACCCUUCUACAAUUAUCUUCUUCGCAAUAUCCAGCAAACUGCAAACACUCAAUUGGGAUGGAAUGCGUUAAACAAGUUUGAUGAUCGUGAUUACUGGACCCUGCCCUCGCAGAACCUACAGGUCAAACCAUUCUUCAAAGAGAUUUGCAUUGAAUUCCAACGAUUUGGCAAGUGCACAUAUGGUGCAUACUGCCAAUUCACCCACGAGAAUCCUCGGCCCGCCGCAACGCGGCAGCAACCGACGAAUGAGCGUCUCCAGCCCUCGCCUGAGACGUUUUAUCUGAACGAACAGGAAAAGAUGGAGAAGAGUUUAACCUGGAGUAACGCGAUUUGGGAGAAUGCCCAGAAAGCCUCUGUCACGAAGGCUGAAAUGGCGCGUCAACCUGAGCCACGACCAACGUACACAUCUCCUCCAGGUUUUCGUACCAAGGAAAUCCGGAAAAGUAACACACCUUCACCGGAUACAGCGCGCGCCGAUCAAGAAGUUGAGACUGGAAUGUCUAGACUUCCGUACAGCCCACUAGCUUCGCCGCCGGGGCUCACAACAAAGAUCCCCAGUUUUUCUCCAAGAGCACCCGCCCGUUCCAAUACGAAUAAGAUGCAGGCCACCUCGAGCGCUCGCAAAGAUUCCGGCAUCGGCUCUGGUCUCUCCGAUAAACUUCGCAAAAAUGUCGCGGAACCUGUCCCGAAUCAAUAUAAAACUAGUUACCCCGGGCAAUGGGAACAAAUCAUCCUGCACGCGGGAGUAGCGAAUGCGCCAUUUUCCGACGAGCCGGUAUCUACAGAGGCCACUGUCUACACACGACGACUCCGCCACGAUGGCGAUAACGGACUUUACGUUGAAAUCGAAGGAAAACCGUAUGAUCCUGAGAUCCAUUCAUAUGAUAAGUGGGAGUGC